AUGAGGAUUGUCCUCACCCACGAGAAAAAGUUGUAUGUGCUUGAUGAACCCAUUCCUGAGGCACCACCUGCUGGAGAUUCUGCGGCUCUGAGAAAUGCCCAUACCAGGCUUGUCAAUGAUUCCGUGGAAACUCUUUAUGAAGAGCAGACUAGGCAUGAAAGGUUUGAUGUCUCAAAAGCCCUUUUCUCUACCAAGCUGUCAGAAGAAAGUCCCGUAGGACCUCAUUUAGUCAAAAUGAUUGGGUAUUCUGAGAACCUAACUCGAUUGGAAUUUGUCCUUGAGCAGGAACUUGUUGUUGAUCUUUUCUUGCAAGCGUUGCCUAAAAGCUUCAACAGUUUUGUCCAGAACUUCCUCAUGAAUGAUAUGGACAAAACACUUCCACAGCUUGCAGCUAUGUUGAGAACUACUGAGAAAAAUAUGAAGGGAAAAAGGCCAUUUUGA